ACUCAUUUCCUCUUCCAACCAACUCCAACCCACCCUGACCACCAACAAUGGCCACCCUCAAAACCACCACUCGCGCCAUCCUCCCCAAAACUACUCUCACGCGUCUCCCCCAACGGCGAACCUUUCUCCCCAACCCCUUCGACGCCCUCGCCAGCGCCACAAAACAACCCCCACCCCAAAUCCUCACCGCCGUGCGCACGCUACCCUACCCCUCCGCACCCAUCUACAGCAUAAUCGCCGACGUCCCCAACUACCAAACCUUCCUCCCCUACUGCCAACGUAGCGACACAACAAAAUGGUCUGUGCCCGAUAAACAGUACCACCGGCGCUGGCCCUCCGAAGCCGUUCUAACCACUGGUUUCGGCGGCCUGACGGAGAGUUUCACCAGUCGCAUAUAUUGUAUACCGGGGCGGUAUGUGGAGAGUGUGGGAGGCGAGACGGAGACGUCGUUGAAAGGUGAGGAUAUUGCGCAUCAUUUUGAGGAGGAGGGGGGUAGGAAGAUCGGAAGAGAGAGCGAUAAUGGGCUACUUACGCAUUUGAGGAGUAAAUGGACGGUGGAGGCUGUGCAGGAUGAUCAGACGCAGGUUAGUCUUGCUGUAGAGUUUGCGUUUGCGAAUCCGAUGUAUGCGGCAUUGAGUGGGGGUGUGGCGCCCAAAGUUGCCGAGUUUAUGAUUCGCGCGUUCGAGAAGAGGGUCGAGGAGUUGUUGGAGGGGGAUAAGAGGUUGAUUAGAGCCGGGUUGGGGGAGCUGGAUGGGAGUCGGUUGAAGAGAUAGGAGAUAGUGUGGACUUGUACGUUACGAAGGAUGGAAAUGGAUGCUUGACGGAUAGGCUGCAUAGAGUGCUCUAAUCGAAACAUGGCACAAUGUAAUGGAAUGAUUAAUGUCGAAAA